GAAGAUAAAUCUGAUGCGGUAUUUGAUAUUACAGAAAAAUGUGGUGAAAUUCUGGAUGCAGAGAUGUCUGAGGAUGCUGACCACAGCUUAACUCCCGUCCUCGACAGCUUGUCUUACGGAGCAGCGAAUCGAGCAGGACCUGAAAAUUCACUGCAGGGUGAUGAUCAUGAUUAUUUUCUGAACUCUGGGGAUCUUGCAGGCAUACCUGUUAUUGGGAGUGACAACGAAGAUGAUCAGAAUUUCACUCCAAAAGACACUCUUUCUUCAGCAAUUCCUGAUGAAGAUCAUCUGGAAGAGGGCAAGAGAGUUCCAGAUCAUGAACUGGACAGUGAAAAAGAAAUUCAGGUUCAGAAUGCAAUCCAGAAGGAUCUCACUUCCCCCUUUGAGCAGGGCCCUGUAUUUAAAUCCCUUCGAAAAGAUUUUAGCAUAACGCGAGAUAAAGGCAAAGAGACUUUUUCAGCAAAGGACAAGAAUAGAGAAGGACAUUUGCAAGAUAAUGAAAAACGGUUGGAAAAAAUCCCUAAAGAUAUGGAUUCUAGAUUGAAAAGCAGUUUUCUUGACAAAGCAGUUCAUAAUCAAGUAGAAGAAACAUUACGGACGCAGUUAGUGCCACAAACUCCAGAAACUAACUUCAGGGAGUCUAGCUACCUAUUUUCUAGUAAGGAAUCUAUUGGACAAGAGCUGGGGAAUUCCUUUGCACCAAAUAUUAGAAUUAAGAAGGAGCCUUUGGAUGACGAAUAUGCUAAAGCUAUGGCCCCACAGCAGGGACUGUUAGACAAAAUUAAAGAUGAACCUGAUAAUUCUGAGGAGUACGGCCAACAGCCAAAAUCUCAGGAAGGGGAGCUAAAAAUCAGUGCUGUAUUUUCAGUCAGUGGCAAUCCUCUUGUUCCACAGCUGUCAUCAGGUUUCCAGCCUGCUGUGGCGUCCUCUGGCAUGAGUAAAAUGCUACCCUCAGUUCCAAGCACAGCUGUUCGGGUUUCCUGUUCUGGCUGUAAAAAAACCCUGCAGAAGGGCCAAACUGCCUACCAGAGGAAAGGCUCAACCCAGCUCUUCUGCUCCACACUGUGCCUCACUGGAUACACCAUUCCAGCUUCUCGCCCACCAGCUUCUACCAAGAAAACCUGCUCAAGCUGCUCAAAAGAAAUUUUAAAUCCAAAGGAUGUAAUCACUGCCCAGUUUGACAACACAGACUCCAGUAAGGAUUUCUGCAGCCAGUCUUGCCUGUCCACAUAUGAACUGAAAAGAAAACCCAUUGUCACUAUCCACACCAACAGCAUUUCCAGCAAGUGCAGCAUGUGCCAGAAGAAUGCAGUGAUCAGGCACGAGGUGAAUUACCAGAACGUGGUGCACAAGCUCUGCAGCGACGCCUGCUUCUCCCAGUUCCGCUCGGCCAACAACCUGACCAUGAACUGCUGUGAAUACUGUGGAGGAUACUGCUACAGUGGCUCUGGCCAGUGUCAUGUCCUGCAGAUAGAGGGACAGUCCAAAAAGUUCUGCAGCUCCAUAUGUGUGACAGCUUUCAAGCAGAAGUCAGCUAAAAUUACACCCUGCACACUGUGUAAAUCUCUGAGAUCUUCAGCCGAGAUGGUGGAGAGCACAAAUAACUUGGGGAAAUUGGAACUGUUUUGUUCUGUUAAUUGUUUGUCAGCAUACAGAGUAAAAAUGGUCACUUCUUCAGGUGUUCAAGUUCAGUGCAACAGCUGUAAAACCUCAGCAAACCCUCAGUAUCACUUGGCCAUGUCAGAUGGGAGCAUUCGCAAUUUUUGCAGCUACAAUUGUGUAGCAGCUUUUCAGAAUCUGUUCAACAAGCCUGCAGGACCCAACUCCUCAGUGGUGCCCUUGUCUCAGGGCCAGGUCAUUGUGAGCAUCCCCUCGGGGACAGUGGUGUCAGCCAGUGUCACCACCUCCACUGUGUCCCCCAGCUCCACCAGCACCUCAGCUGCAGCAGGGCUCCAGAGGUUGGCUGCCCAGUGCCAGCAGGUCACCUUUACCCGCUCUGUUGUGAAAAUCAAGUGUCAGCACUGUAACAGAUCAUUUGCCACCAAACCAGAACUGCUUGACUACAAGGGUAAAAUGUUCCAGUUCUGUGGGAAGAACUGCUGUGAUGAGUAUAAGAAGAAGAGCAAUAUGACGGCUUUGUGUGAAUACUGCAGAUUUGAGAAAAUUAUCAAGGAGACAGUGAGAGUCUCAAGCAUAGAUAGAACAUUCUGUAGUGAAGUUUGUAAACUGCUCUAUAAACACGACCUGUCAAAGCGCUGGGGAACCCACUGUAAAAUGUGCAGUUACUGUUUACAGACUUCCCCAAAACUGGUCCAGAAUCACUUUGCAGGGAAAACAGAGGAAUUCUGCUCAGAGGAAUGCAUGUCUAAAUUCACAGUUUUGUUUUACCAGAUGGCAAAGUGUGAUGGUUGUAAGAGACAAGGUAAACUCAAUGAGUCCAUCAAAUGGCAAGGGGAGAUGAAGCAUUUUUGCAAUCUGCUUUGUAUUCUGUCGUUCUGUAAACAGCAAGGUGCUUCUGACCCUCCACUCCCAAACAACACAGCAAACCUUUCCAUGGCACCAGCCUCCUCCUCAGGCCCUCCUUCUUUAAGAAAGGACUCAACCCCUGUCAUAGCAAACGUGGUGUCCCUUGCAAGCACCCCAGCUGCCCAGCCUACUGUUAACUCCAACAAUGUUUUACAGGGUGCAGUCCCUACUGUGACAGCAAAAACAAUAGGAGAUGCAAGUACCCAGACAGAUGCCCUAAAGCUCCCAUCAUCAAAACCACCCAGGCUUCUGAAAAACAAAGCUUUAUUGUGUAAGCCAAUCACCCAGACUAAGGCCACCUCGUGCAAACCUCACACACAAAACAAAGAAUGCCAGACAGAAGGAGAAGAAGCACCUGCUCAACCCCAGAUCAUUGUGGUACCUGUUCCUGUACCAGUGUUUGUGCCAGUGCCCCUCCACCUCUACACCCAGUACACACCAGUUCCCCUGGGGAUGCCAGUACCUGUACCAGUUCCCAUGCUCAUCCCAACUACCCCGGAUAAUGCUGAUAAGAUCAUUGAAAAUAUUCAGGAAAACAAGGAAAAGGUGUCCAUUAAUCCAUUUGAAGCUGAUCUCCUUCAGAUGGCAGAAAUAAUUGCAGAAGAUGCAGAGAGAGAAAAAACACAUUCUCAUGGUGGAUCUCAAACAUCUGAGCACGAACUCUUCCUGGACCCCAAGAUAUUUGAGAAAGACCAGGGCAGCACGUACAGUGGAGAUCUGGAAUCAGAAGCAGUGUCCACUCCACACAGCUGGGAGGAGGAGUUGAAUCACUACACCUUACGAUCCAAUGCCCUGCCAGAACCUGAUCCAGAGCUCAAGCAGUUCUCCAAAGGUGAUGUGGAACAGGACCUCGAGGCAGAUUUCCCAUCAGACUCAUUUGACCCUCUCAGUAAAGGACCGGGUUUGCAUUCACGUUCACGGGCAAGACGGAGACACAGGGACGGUUUCCCCCAGCCAAAACGGCGGGGAAGGAAGAAGUCUGUAGUUGCUGUGGAGCCCCGGAAUUUGAUGCAGGGCUCCUACCCCGGCUGCUCUGUUUCUGGGAUGACCCUAAAGUACAUGUAUGGGGUAAAUGCCUGGAAAAACUGGGUCCAAUUGAAAAAUGCACAGGAGGAGCAAGGGGACCUGAAGUUUCCAGUUCAUCCUGUGAAGCUCAAGGAGGACAUUCUCUCAUGCACAUUUGCUGAGCUGAGUUUUGGCUUGUGCCAGUUUAUUCAAGAGGUGCGGAGACCAAACGGAGAAAAAUACGACCCUGACAGCAUCUUAUACUUGUGCCUUGGAAUUCAGCAGUACUUGUUUGAGAAUGGUAGAAUAGAUAACAUUUUCACCGAGCCCUAUUCCAGGUUUAUGAUUGAGCUUACAAAACUUUUGAAAAUCUGGGAACCUACAAUUCUUCCAAAUGGUUAUAUGUUCUCAAGAAUUGAAGAGGAACACUUGUGGGAAUGUAAGCAGCUGGGUGCAUAUUCCCCCAUCGUUUUGUUGAACACUCUUCUGUUCUUCAACACCAAAUACUUCCAACUAAAGAAUGUCAAUGAGCACCUGAAACUGUCCUUUGCCCACGUUAUGAGGCGCACCCGAACUCUGAAGUAUAAUACUAAGAUGACAUAUUUACGUUUUUUCCCACCCUUUCCAAAACAAGAGGUAGAAUCAGAUAAAUUAGCAGUAGGCAAAAGGAAACGCAGUGAAGAUGAGGAGGUUCCAACAGCAGUGGAAAUGGCUGAGAACACAGACAAUCCCCUGCGGUGUCCAGUCCGACUUUAUGAAUUUUACUUAUCAAAAUGUUCUGAAAGCGUGAAGCAGAGGAGUGAUGUGUUCUACCUGCAGCCUGAGCGCUCCUGUGUUCCCAACAGCCCCAUUUGGUAUUCCACAUUGCCAAUAGACCCAGGAACCUUGGACAUCAUGUUAACAAGGAUUCUUAUGGUGAGGGAGGUACACGAAGAACUUGCCAAAGUCAAAUCAGAGGACUCUGAUAUUGAGUUAUCAGAUUAACUGCAGUGGGGUAUUUUCCUUUCAAUACACGUCAGAAGCACCAAAAUGUGAAUACGUCCAUCCUUUGGAAAAUGUGUAUCAAAUAAGCCAAGAUAACGUCACCUACAGGCAGAUUUUGUACCACAGUGGAUGUACAAACUGGAACUGGAAGGAAGCAAGCUGUGUAAGCUCCAAAUCUCAACGUCCUGUGGCACCGAUCAAUCCUCAGAACAAAUCCAAGUGGAACUCACCUAUUGGAUUGGUGCAUAAAUCCUUUAUCUGUUUAGGAUUUUUAAAAGUUGUGAGAUAUUUUUAAAGAAAAUGAUUGUGUAAAAUCUACCCUCACACUGUUGGGCAUGGAGAGCUAGAUUGUGGCUCAGGUGACUUCCCAGCCUGCUGGCUGGCAGCCCUUGCUGCCAAGAAACUCGUGGAGAUCCUCGAGCUCUUCCAGAGGAUACGAGAGAAAAGGGGUGAGGUUUAGACAAGCAGACACCUUCCGUUAUAAAUACACCUACACCUACACUUUUAUCAUUUUUGUUUGGUUUUUGUUUUUGUUUUGUUGGUUUUUUUUUGGAAACUGGGAUCAAAUGUUGGGAAGGCAGGAGCCACUGGCCAUCCCAAUGGACAGCUCUGGCUGCUGUUAACUGGUCACACGAGGUCAGACUCCAGCUCCCGCUCCGGGCUCAUGCCAGUCUCACUCUGUUGGAAGAGGUGCUGUAGGUCAAACUUCUGAGUGACCUUUUGGGGAAUGUCCAGGAGGGGAUGUCCUGGGCUCUGUGCAGAAUCCCUUCCCCAGCCCAGUAUCUCUGCAGUCUGUCCAUAGAACCCAGCAAAUACUGUGGUGCACGGAAAGUUUCUUUCCCUUAAGGCAGCUUUCGUUUCUCCUCUUUCCCUGCUCCUAUGGGUUUGAUUAUUUUGUAAGGCAGAUCUAGAGGGGGCUUUGUCAUUUCAAACAGAAAUACACACACACUCUUUCUCUUUCCACCUUUGCAACACUGGCAGUGUUGUACAAAGGAUGCAGUAUUACUUCUGACAACAGAACUGUGGUAGAAAAUGACCAUGUGUGUUUUUAUCCCACCCCACCCAAAGAGAUUUAGUCAUAGUGUUGGAAAUUGAAAGAGUUUUUUUUAAGGCUUGGCUGUUACUGAGUCUUUUGGAAGAGAAAAGUUCCCAUGUGGUGUUUAGAGGACAGGACAUUAUCAGGUACUGUCUGUAUCUGUUUUCUCAAGCUCUAGGUGUGUGUUUCUGAUGACCAGUUGUCACAAAUUCAUUGGAAACCCAAACUAUUUUUGAAGAGGAGAAUUGUAUGGUUUUUAUCUAGCUCUGGUCAGUUAUCCAUCUUCUGUAACAGGGGUCUGAUAUUUGAGCUUGUCACUAAAAUUUCAAGAGAUGAAAAUCAACAGCCUUGAAUAAUAUUUCAGGUUUUUUGUUCUGUUUUGGUUGGUUGGUUUUUUUUAAUUAUUUUUUUAGCGGUUACAAAAGUAAUUUAACAAAAAUAAAAUCAGAAAGUAGUCUAUUGACGUUGUGUACUCGGUAGUCCUGUCCCUGCCUGUAACAGAUUUCACUGAUGUAUUUUUUAAUACAGAAAAUUAUGUGAAAAGUAAAACCUGCCCCUGAUUCUGUCUGACCAAAGCCCAUCUGUGUCUGUCAUUUCUGAGCAAAGGUUCUGCUUUCUCCAUGGCCCAGCAUUCCCAGGGGAGAGGUUUUGGCCACUCCUCAGUACAGGGAUGCUCCUGCAGGCUCAGUUCUUGCUUCAUGAACACCAACCUGCCCCUCCCCAUUGUAUCACUGAACAGUGAAAUUGCAGGCAUUGAAUUGGGAAGGUUAAGGGAGAACAAAAUCAUUCUGGAAAGAUCAGUUUUUAGGGGAUUAAGAAUGUCUGAGGUGUGCCCAGAGCCUUGGUGGCCAUAGCACAGGGGAGGCUGCAGAAGAUCCUGGGCAGCUGCUGGGGGUGCAGCGCUCUGUCCUUGCCUGCUCCCUCCUUCCCUGACCCCCUGGGAAUGAGCAAGGCAGCAGUGAGGACAGGCUGUGGGGAG